UGCAAAGCGCAAAACUACCCACUUGCAGCCCUCCCUCUCUCCGAUCCCUCACAGAGGCUUUAGAGGUGAUACCGCCUUGGCAACGCAGGGACAAGGUACCGCCGCGUAAGGAAAAAGUCAUCCAGGACGUGGGAUAUUCUCUUCUGCGGUUUGCUAAAGAGCAAACAUGAAACCUCAGCUAUUUACCUUAGACUUAGUACUCUUGUGCAUAUCUUGCGGAGCAAGUGCACUGGCAGUGACUAUUCCUGUUGUGUCCACGUCCCCGCCAGCCGCCAAUAUCACCAACCUUGGCGCAGCGCUCGACUUUGGAACAGACACUGUGACUUUUUCAAAAACCAGAAGGAAGCGGUACAUUAGUCAGAACGACAUGCUCGCAAUUCUUGAUUACCACAACAAAGUGAGAGGCAAAGUGUUUCCUCCGGCAUCCAAUAUGGAAUACAUGGUGUGGGACGACACACUGGCAAAGACGGCCGAGGACUGGGCUCAUGCCUGCCUGUGGGAGCAUGGGCCGCCUCACCUCCUCAGGUUCCUGGGUCAAAACCUCUCAGUCAGGACAGGACGAUAUCGAUCCAUUCUUCAGCUGGUGAAGCCGUGGUAUGAUGAGGUGAAAGAUUAUGCCUUCCCCUACCCCCGUGACUGCAACCCUCGGUGCCCACUCAGAUGCUACGGACCCAUGUGUACCCAUUACACACAGAUGGUCUGGGCAACAUCCAACAAAGUCGGCUGUGCCGUGCACACGUGCCACAACAUGAAUGUGUGGGGUGCAGUGUGGAAGAGGGCGACAUAUUUAGUUUGCAACUACUCUCCUAAGGGUAACUGGAUCGGAGAGGCUCCCUACAAAGUAGGCGUACCCUGCUCCGCAUGCCCUCCCAGCUACGGGGGCUCGUGCAGCAACAACAUGUGCUUCCCCGCUCUCAAGACAAACUACCUGCACUGGUUCAAAUAAACAAAGGUUUCCUCUCAACAUAAGCUGACAACCUACAGUACCACAGAGACAUUAUUUUAAUCCAGUAAGGAUUUGCACAAUAGUCGUGGACCACACUAAUUUGUAUAUAUGGGCUUAUUUAAAGACAGAAACAUGCAUUUAAAGGCAGCGUAAAAUUUUAGCUUUGAUCACUUGUAAAUAAUCUGUAAAUUAAUUUGUUUUAUACCAAAACUGCAAAGACUAUUUUAACUGAUGCAAUAUAUUUAAAUGUAAAAUGGGUCCUUUUAACAGUGCAGACUGUACAGUGCGUGGUGCUAGAAACACAUUUGGUUUUUACUAUACCAGUUUACAGCUGACAGUGUGGUAAUAAAGGACAUUACUACCAUCACAACUCCUCAUAGCUGCUCACUUUGGUGCUAUUGGCAUCACACCAUCAUGCUGUGUGCUCUGCCUUCACAGGAAUGCUCUGAUAUAAGGAUCAAAGCUUUUGACCUCAGAGGGGAAACCCCCCACACUGACAGUGUCAGCAGCUUAUAAGCUCAAGUGUGCUGCAGUUCCAGCUUUGUGUCCAGCAGCAAGUUUGUUGACAAAAGUGCAGAAUAUACAUCAGUUAGAGGGGGAAGUGGCCGUGUGAAGGCAACUUGUCAAGUUACACAACACCUCAGUGGUCGGACGUUUGUUUAAAGUGCAAAACAAUGCAUUUUCAGUGCUUGUGUACCAUUACAGAGACUUCAUCCGUUUGGGCAUUUCACAGGUUUCAUACAGUGUUCAUGUCAUUUUGUAUUCUAAGAAGCACAUAAAAUCUUUUGACCCACAUAUCUGUUAUGUAGUCAUAUUUGUUAUGGAGAUUAUUGGUAUCCUACUGUAUAUUACCACUAUAUACAGUCUAUUGAUGUUGUUUAUAUAUUUCAUUAUAAUCACUGAUGUAGCCAAGCUUUAGGCACUUGAGUGCACCUUAAUUGUUUGUAAAUUUCCAAAAUACUCAAAAAUUGUUAUUAUUUUGUAUAUGUAGAUAAUCAUUAUACUUUGACUAUCUUCAAAUAUACUGUAAGUUAUUCAUUUUUAUAUUAAAUAUAUAUAUAUUUAAGUGAUAUUAAUUUUUUUUUUGUAAAAGGAUUGGAGUGCAAUGAAAUCAUUUUUAAUCAAUCAGAAAAAAAAGAGUUAAAAAACAAAAGAAAUUAACAUUUUCAGCACUGAUUGUGAACCUUUUCUCCGUUUGUGUUUUGUACUUGUAAUAAAAUGUUCUAUUUUGAUUGUUUGUUCUGUUGCAUGUUUUGGACAGC